GGAUGGAGGCUGCCAAUGUGAGCGAAGGAAGCGGAUCUUCGACAGCCCGAGCGAAGGAACUCUUCCGAAACCAGCGCAAGGACUCGGAGAGUUCAGUGGAUUCUCCUAACCUAGAGUUUGAAUAUGGAGAUUCAGACACCAUUGUAGCAGAGUUAUCAGAGCUGUACAGCUACACUGAAGAGCCUGAGUUUGCCAUUAACAGGGACUGCUUUGAAGAGGAUUUUGCUAUUCAUGGGAAAGGCAAGAAGUGGGUAGAGUUGGAAGAGACUGAACAUAAAGUCUACUUAAUGAGGCUGCUAGAUGGACUGGAGGUAAUAAACAGAGAGAAGAGACUUAAGUUUGCCAGAGCCAUUCUUUACCUGGCCCAAGGUGUGUUUGAUGACUGCUACACAGAGCCUGAAGUGGUACACUGGGCCCGUUACAAUGUCUUCCUCCUCUAUGAGAUGGGCACAUUUGGAACAUUGGUGGAACUCCUCAAUAUGGAGAUCGAUAACAGCCAGGCAUGUAGCAGUUCCCUGAGGAAGCCAGCUAUCUCCCUGGCUGACAGCACAGAGCUGAGAGUGCUGCUCAACAUUAUGUACCUGAUGAUGGAGAUAAUGCGCAGGGAGGGGGAAGAUGAUAAACCAGAGUGGAGUUUAGCAAGAGAUGGAUUCAGGAAUGAACUAAGUUCCCCAGUGUACAAUGGUGAGCCCUUCGCGAUCCUCCUCUUCUCUCUUUUGAGCAAGUUCUGCACUGGGAAUGCUCCACACUGCCCCAUUAAGAAGGUGCUGUUGCUCCUCUGGAAGACAAUUCUGUUCUGCCUCGGAGGCUUCGAGGAUCUGCAGAAACUAAAAGUGGCGAAGCGAGAGAAGCUGGGUCUCCCUGAACUGCCGGAGAACAGUAUCAAGGUGAUGCGGACUCUCAGAGCAGCCUCUCCCCCCACCUCGGCCAUGGACAUCCUGGAGCAGCAGCAGAAGCGAGGCCGCAAGGGCCGAAGGGUGCUGGUUAAACAGGACAGCCUGGAUAUCUACAGCGAGAGGGACGAGGCGCGGGAGGAGGACGAAGAGGCUGAUGAUGGUGAUAGUGGGAUGGAGGGAGAAGUGGAUCCACUAGAGAGGGAGGCACUGGUCCAGCCCCUGUCCUCUCCACGACUACCCCCAGACAGGGUAUUCUUCCCCCGGUGCCUGCCCUGGGCUCCAAAAGUCAGGGAGAAGGACAUUGAAGAAUUUCUGGAAGUGAGCAGAUGCAAGUUCAUCGGAUUCACCCUGGGCAAUGACACUGAUACUCUGGUGGGUUUACCCAGACCCAUCCAUGAGAGUGUAAAGACCCUGAAACAGCACAAGUACAUAUCCAUUGCUGAAGUGCAGGCCAAGAGGGAGGAGGAGCUACAGAAAUCCCCGGUGUCACUGGGUGCUGAGAAAGUGGAGCAGACCCCAGUGGAGGUCCUGUACCAGGGAAUGUUGUACAACCUUCCACAGUAUAUGAUCGCCCUGCUGAAGAUCCAGCUGGCUGCUGCUCCCACAUCCAAGGCAAAGACUGACUCCAUCAAUAUCUUGGCAGAUGUUCUUCCCGAGGAAAUGCCCAUCACUGUGCUACAAAGCAUGAAGCUGGGCAUUGAUGUCAACAGACACAAAGAGAUAAUUGUGAAAGCCAUCUCGGCACUCAUGCUUCUGCUACUCAAGCAUCUCAAACUCAACCAUAUCUACCAGUUCGAGUACGUUUCCCAACACUUGGUAUUUGCCAACUGUAUCCCUCUCAUUCUGAAGUUCUUCAAUCAGAAUAUCAUGUCUUACAUCACUGCCAAGAACAGUAUCAGUGUCCUGGAUUAUCCUCACUGCGUGAUCCAUGAGCUGCCAGAACUCACCACCGAGACUCUAGAAGCUGGUGACCAUAAUCAGUUCUGCUGGAGGAACCUCUUCUCAUGCAUCAACCUGCUGCGUAUCCUAAACAAGCUCACCAAAUGGAAACACUCUCGCACCAUGAUGCUUGUGGUUUUCAAGUCGGCACCAAUUUUAAAGCGGGUCCUCAGGGCCAAGCAGGCAAUAAUGCAGCUGUAUGCACUCAAACUGCUGAAGAUCCAGACCAAGUACAUGGGGCGCCAGUGGAGGAAGAGCAACAUGAAGACCAUGUCUGCCAUCUACCACAAAGUGCGACAUCGCUUUAACGAUGACUGGGCCUAUGGCAAUGAGAUCGAUGCUCGGCCCUGGGACUUCCAAGCAGAGGAGUGUGCUCUGAGAGUCAACAUUGAGACCUUCAACAGUCGCCGCUAUGGCCUGUACCACAGUGAUUUGGAGUUUGCUCCGGUGGACAACUGCCUGCAGAGUGUGUUGGGCCAUCGGCUCCCACUGCCCGACGAUUUCCGCUACAGCUACGAACUCUGGUUGGAGAGGGAGGUCUUUGCCCAGCCCAUACGCUGGGAGGAUCUUCUGCAGCCCCUGGCUUGAUGACGACAACGUGCCUCUUGAGCAGGUGUUGUUUCUCUGGCCUGUCUUCCAAAGACCUUUCCCAAUGGAAAACCUAUCUCAACACUUGACCUGGUGUGACCUUUGUAACCUUGUGAUGGGAGCUCAUCAUUUUCCACCCAUUCCCCAGCCUCUCUCCGGCAACCUGGCCUGAGUGAGUUUGUGCCCGCAUUUUGUUUUGCAGUCUCCUGUCCGUUACACAUGGCCAACUGGAGCACCAAGAUGGGCUAUCCCAGGAGAGACCCUCUCUCCACCUCAUAGAUGCUGCAGCUUUCCCUCUCACUCAAAAUUGAGAGGAGCUGGGCAAGACCAUGAAUCCUUCCCACUCUGUGGCCAUGAGCAUUAAUGAGCUCAGUGCCUCUGCAUUCUGCAUCUCUGCUGCUGGAGACAUGACAAAAGCAGUGUGUGCACUUGGCAGAGAGGAGGUGGCCGAGUUCCCUUCAUCCCUACUGUAUGGAACACUGGAAGCAAAGAGGCUGGAUUCACUUGAUGAACUACAGUACAUAUCCAUACACUGAAUGUGGUGGUCUCAAACUACUGGUCCAUCUCUCCCCACCACUGUGGGAGUCUGGUGAAGAACAGCCAUAAGGCAUGAUGGGCUGAACAGCCUCCUCCUGCCUUGGAAUUACUUCGGCUGGGCGUCGUGAAGGGAAAUUAUGGGCUCUUGUCACAGAAAGGUUACAACAUGGAAGUACACCAAGUGGCCCAUUAGGUCCAUGCCACACCUUCCCCAAGCUAUAGUGCCCAGAACUGGAUACAGUGUUCCACCUGUGGCCAAAUUAGUGUUUUAUAAAUGUUUCUCAUGAUAUCCUUGUCCUUGGACUUUCAGCCUCUUUUCUAAAGCCCAGAAAUCACAUGCUUUUUUUAAACUACUUUUUCUAUGCAUUUUGCCACUUUCAGCAAACUCUGCAUGUAUACCCCAGAUCUCUGUUCCUGUACACUUCUAGAAUUGUGUCCUCUCACUUAUACUGUUUCUUUGAACUGAAACAGAACACUUCACAUCUUUCUGCAUUAAAUUUAAUGUAUCCAUCUCUCUACUUGUAUAGAUCCUCUUUAAGUCCAUCACUAUCCUUCUCAUGGUUCACUGUGCUUCCAAGGUUCAUGUUGUGUGUAUCCAUCAUCGAUAAAUUUUAAGAAAAGCCCUGGGCAACUCUACUGUACAUUUCCCUCCAGUCUGUAAAACAACUGUGCACUAUUUCCCUCUCUUUACUGUCAUUUUGCCAAUUCUCUAUCCAUACUGCUACUGCCCAUUGUCUUAUUAAGAGACAUGCUGCUGCUUGUAUUAAAACUAUUGGUACUCA